CAAGAAAGGAGCACGAACCAGUGUCCGCAGUGGAAUUCGCCGCGGAAACAAUCCUUCCUCCGGAUGGGGUCCGGCGGGCGGGAAAGGGGGCUGCGCCUGACCGCAGCAGCAGCAGCAGAAGGCGGGCCCGGCAGGAAGCAGCUGGUCGGGCGAGCUCCGCCCCGGGAGAGGCUGUUCCUCUGCUUCACGCGUCAAGAGGGAGCGAAAAGUGGAGCCCGGGCGAAACUUUGUCAGGCUUUCUCGGGAGGCCCCUCGAGCGGCCGGGCGCGUCCUUGCUGCCGAAGGCGGAUGAGUCAGGAGAAAUGGACUCAAAACAAGACCCUGCUUCAGUCUCCUCUCACAGUCAACUUGGACGGUCCCAGCUAAAUGCAGCAGCUGAUGUAGAAAGCCCAGAGGCCAUGGUGGAAGAACCAGACAUUGUCUUUAAAGAACUGCUAGAAAGAGCAAAAGCUGGGGACCCUAAAUCACAGACAGAGGUGGGGAAACAUUACUUGAAGCUAGCAGAAGGCCAAGAUGAGGAACUGAACAGUUGCAGUGCUGUGGAGUGGUUGAUCCUUGCUGCCAAGCAGGGACGGAAAGAAGCCGUGAAACUGCUGCGGAGAUGCUUAGCAGAAAGAAAAGGCAUCACUUCAGAGAAUGAACAAGAAGUCAAGCAAUUAUCAUCAGAGACUGAUUUGGAAAGGGCUGUGAGAAAGGCAGCCUUAGUCAUGUAUUGGAAAUUAAACCCAAAGAAGGAGAAACAGUUGGCGGUCUCAGAACUAUUAGAAAAUGUUGGCCAAGUUGACAGUGAAGGUGCUGAGAAGCCACCUGGACCACUUCCAAAGUCUGUACAAAAACAGAGAAGAAUAUUGGAACGCCUGGUGAGCAGUGAAUGUAAGGAAGCAUUUAUCAUGUUCAUCUUUGGAAUGACUGGUAUUUUUCUUUUCCAGGUCAUAAAGUAUCCACUUCAUGCCAUUAUGGAAAUCAAAGAGUACUUGAUAGAUGUCGCAUCGAAAGCAGGAAUGCAUUGGCUUUCCACUAUUAUUCCAACACAUCACAUCAAUGCUCUCAUAUUCUUCUUCAUCAUCAGUAACUUGACAAUUGACUUCUUUGCAUUUUUUAUUCCAUUAAUUAUCUUCUAUCUCUCUUUCAUUUCCAUGGUGAUUUGCACUCUCAAAGUAUUCCAGGAUAGUAAGGCUUGGGAAAAUUUCCGUAGCCUGACUGACUUGCUGCUCCGUUUUGAACCAAACCUAGAUGUUGAGGAAGCACGAGUGAACUUUGGCUGGAAUCAUUUAGAGCCAUACCUUUAUUUCUUACUUUCUGUAUUCUUUGUCAUUUUUUCCUUCCCUAUAGCAGACAAGGAAUGGGUGCCGUGUUCAGAGCUAGCUACCAUCUCUGUUUUCUUCAUGGUGACAAGUUACAUGAGUUUGGGCACAAGUGCUGAACCCUACACACGAAGGGCAUUGAUGACAGAGGUUGCUGCAGGUUCCCUUUUCUUAUUGCAGGUUGUACCUCUGAAUCUGGGUUACUUGAAGCUAUUGGGAAAAACAUUUUACAGCAUCCCCAUUGGCCACCUCUUUGUGUUGAAUGUGAGCAUUCCUUGCCUUUUGUUCAUGUAUUUAUUUUAUCUUUUCUUUAGAAUGGCACAGAUGCAGAACUUUAAAGGCACAUACUUGUACCUGAUUCCUUAUUUAGUAUGCUUCAUGUGGUGUGAACUCUCAGUGGUUAUUUUACAAGAAUCAUCUGGCAUAGGUCUAAUUCGUGCCUCAGUUGGCUACUCCUUAUUCCUGUUUGCGCUUCCUAUUCUAGGGGUUGGUGUUGCACUGGUAUGUCUCAUUCACUUCAUAAAAUGGUUCAUAACACUAGAGCUUAUAAAGAUUGUUGCAACUGUUGUUCUCUGUGUUGUUCCUUUGCUUUUCCACUGGUGGACAAGAGCUAAAUUUUCUCUGGUUGAAAUUGCGAAAUCACUAAGAAAGAGUUCAAUUGUUAAACUUAUUCUAGUAUGGCUUACUGCCAUAGUAUUGUUCUGCUGGUUUUAUGUGUACCGCUCAGAAGGAAUGAAAGUGUACAACUCCACCUUGACAUGGAAUCAAUAUGGGUUUGUGUGUGGGCCACGGGCUUGGAGGGCAACUAACAUGGCACGCACCCAGAUUCUAUGUAGUCAUCUAGAGGGCCACAGAGUGACAUGGACAGGAAGGUUCAAAUAUGUUAGAGUAACUGACAUAGAUAAUAGUGCAGAAUCAGCAAUAAACAUGCUUCCCAUUUUUAUUGGUGACUGGCUGAGAUGCUUGUAUGGUGAAACCUAUCCAGUAUGUGACCCAAAAAAUGUUACCAUUGCUGAGGAGGAACUCUGUCAGCUAAAAUACCUGACAAAACAUGAGUGCCACAUGAAAAGAUUUGAUCGCUAUAAAUUUGAAAUAACUGUGGGGAUGCCUUUCAGUAAUGUGAAUGGAAGUAAAACCAUAGAAGAUGACGAUGUGACCAAAGAUAUUGUGCUGAAAGCAAGCAAUGAAUUUAAGAAAGUACUGCUGAACUUGCGGCAAGGAAGCAUAAUUGAAUUUAGUACCAUCCUGGAAGGCCGUCUUGGCAGCAAAUGGCCUGUCUUUGAACUGAAAGCCAUUUCAUGCUUAAACUGUAUGUCUAAACUUUCACCUGCUGGAAGACAUGUGAAAGUAGAACAUGACUGGCGAAUCUCUGUUCAGAAAGCUUUCAGAUUUGUCUUCAAUUUUUUCUUCUCUCCAUUUUUGUCAGUCACAAAUUAAGCUUUGCGAUUCACUGCACUAUCCAAAAUUGGGCUGAAAAUCAGCUACAACAAUAUUUGAAAUACAUGCUGAUGUUUCUGAGUAUUGUGCAUGGUGCAAAAUGCAGUCUUGCUAAUCCCUGUGUUGCAAAAGCUAUGUUUUAAAAAUGAGUUUGCUAAAAGCAUGGACAGUUUUGUUUUCUUACAAGAUUUGACAUUACAGUUAUUAAAAGCACUUUACUCUUCAGAUGAUUCAUCCUUCUAGUUAUGUGUACAUGGAAUUGUACAAGAUGAAGCUGACAUGUGUGAGAACAUUUUAGUAUCGAUUGUACUAUUAUCUUAUAAAGUUAUUGGAACUGUGAGGCUGCAUGUGUGAUUUACAUAGACAAGUAUGCCUGUAUUAGCAUACACUGGAUUCAUUCUUUCAUUCAGUUACUGGUUCAUAGUUCACUGGCAGCAUCUGUUGUUUAAGAAGAGAAAAGAAACUACCUUUAGUAAGAAAUUUCUAUUGCUGAUCUACAUAUAUCUGUCCUGGAAAUCAACAACACCUGGUUCAUGGCCUAUACUUGUAAAUGCAAGCAUAAAAUUAAAGAAUGAAAACCAAUAGCA